GUUUAACGGACAAUCCGUUUACUCGAGCUAUGGGUGAUCACAUAAUGAAAGAUCAAUCAGCGAAAAGGCAUAGUGUCAAGCUGGAUUUAGUAAAAAUCAUUAACUUUCGCGUUCUAAGCAAAGAUAAUGGUUUACCUAUAAAUAACGUGUAUGCUAUUGGUGAUUGCGCUACAGCUCAGGUGGCAAAUCAAAAGGCGAAGCAUUUACGAAAAG